UUUGUUGAAUCGAAAAUUGCAACUGCUUAAACAAUAGUCACUGAUUUUCGAAUGUUAACUCCAGUUUCAGUGUCCUUUGUACAUGUUCACUCCAAUAUUUUGGCUUGCAAAAAUCAAUGGCUUUUUCUUACAUUCUUUGUUCUUCACAUAGGAGAAUUUAGUUAUCAAGAAGUAAGAAUAUGAGCAAGAUUAAGCAUUCUCUGAAACGGGUUCUUUUAGACAGCAUUCAGAGAUGCAAAAAGUUGACAACUUUCAAGAAAAUCCAUGCACAGUUGAUAACAUCAGGGGUUGUUUCUAAUGACUUUGUUGUCAACAGGGUUGUCGAGUUCUUUGCAAAAGGUCCUAACUUUGUUGAUUAUGCAUGUGAUUUUUUGAGUGAAUAUGAUUGGAAAGUUAGCUCAUUUCCAUUUAAUGCCUUGGUUUCUGGUUACGCUAUUGGUGAUAGGCCCAAGACUGCAUUCUUGGUUUAUAGAAGGAUAGUGAAAGAUGGGUUUUUGCCUGAUAUGUUUACUUUCCCUGCUGUAUUGAAAUCAUGUGCUAAGUUUGUGGGGAUUGGUGAGGGUAGGCAGGUUCAUGGGGUGAUUAUUAAGAUGGGUUUUGUAUGUAAUAUCUAUGUUGAAAAUUCUCUUGUUCAUUUUUACAGUGUUUGUAAGAGAUUUGGUGAUGCUAGCAGAGUGUUUGAUGAAAUGCUUGUGAGAGAUGUGGUUUCUUGGACUGGUGUUAUAUCAGGGUAUGUGAGAGCAGGCUUGUUUGAUGAGGCUGUGGGUUUGUUUUUGAGGAUGGAUGUUGAGCCUAAUGCUGCAACUUUUGUUAGUGUAUUAGUUGCUUGUGGGAGAAAGGGGUAUUUGAGUGUAGGGAAGGGGAUUCAUGGGUUGAGUUUCAAGAGUGCGUUUGGGGUAGGUUUGGAGGUUAGCAAUGCUCUCAUGGAUAUGUAUGUGAAGUGUGGGUGUUUGCCUGGAGCAAAACAAGUAUUUGAUGAGCUUGCUGAGAAGGACAUUGUUUCUUGGACCAGUAUUAUAAGUGGAUUGGUGCAAUGCAAUUGUCCCAAGGAGGCUUUGGAGUUGUUUCAGGAUAUGCAAAGCUCUGGUAUUGAGCCUGAUGGGAUUAUACUUACCAGUGUUCUUUCAGCCUGUGCCAGGCUUGGAGCUCUUGAUUAUGGCAGAUGGGUUCAUGAGCACAUCGACCGCAAGGCAAUCAAAUGGGAUAUUCAGAUUGGAACUGCUAUGGUUGACAUGUAUGCAAAGUGUGGCUGUAUAGAGAUGUCAAUGCAGAUCUUUAAUGGAAUGCCUCAUAAGAAUGUUUUGACAUGGAAUGCAUUGCUAAAUGGCUUGGCUAUGCACGGGCAUGCCUACAAGGUACUUGAACUUUUCGAAGAAAUGGUUAGGGUAGGCAUGAGGCCAAAUGAGGUGACAUUUCUAGCCAUUUUGACUGCCUGCUGCCACUGUGGCUUGGUCAAUGAAGGGCGUCAGUACUUUAAUUGGAUGAAAGGUCAGCAAUAUAAUCUUCCUCCGAGGUUAGAACACUAUGGAUGCAUGGUGGACUUACUUUGUAGGGCUAGACUCUUGGAUGAGGCGUUGGAAUUGACAAAGGCUAUGCCCAUGUCACCUGAUGUUCGGAUAAUGGGAGCUCUUCUUAGUGCUUGCAAGGAAAAUGGGAAUACGGAACUCCCCCAAGAAAUAUUAGACCGGUUUGUAGAGUUAGACUCUCAUGAUAGUGGCGUUUAUGUGCUGCUUUCUAAUAUACAUGCUAUCAAUCAAAGAUGGGAUGAUGUCACGAGAAUAAGGAGAUUGAUGAAGGAGAAAGGUAUUAAAAAACCCCCAGGGUCAACUGUUAUAGAGUUGGAUGGCAAGGCUCAUGAGUUUAUCGUUGGAGAUACAAGACAUCCUCAGGACAAGCGCAUUCGUUUAUUGUUAAAAAUCCUAUCAGAUCAAAUCUUUCUUGAAGAGCAUCGUGAACACUCAUUCUUCAUACAAUCACACUUCUGUGAAGUAUCAAGGGAAACUGAGGCUGCGAUCAUGGUCUAACGAGCUGAUCUUUUGCAGCAGCUUGAGUCGAUCAAGACUUCUCAACAUGCACUGAGGUGGAUAAGGAGACUUUGAGCAAGUCAUUAGAAAAGACUCAGAGGGGGUAUCAGCACGUCAAGAGUAGGUACUCUGAAGUAUUGUCCAGGAUUGAAGACCUCGAAAAGGAGCUAAAUGAUGUGAAAGCUAAUUGAGCUAACAGGCUAAAAGAUGCUAUAGAUAAAGGAAGGGUGGAAGGCAUCAAUAGUUUCAAAGCCUCGAAGGAAUUCCAGAAUGAGCUUGUUGAGUUUUCUGAGGGAGGGCUGAGGUACAUGUUGAAGUCGUGCUUGUCACCAUGGUCAUCCAAAUAUCCCAAGUCACUUUUAAUUUUCUGACCAAGGAGCUUCCCGAAUUCAAUAUGGAAUCGCUCAGCAGGUUGGCAAAGCUUGGAGAAAAACAAGAGCAGCCUGAAUUCACUGAGAACGUUAAUGAGGAAAAUUCCAUUCCUACAGUCAGUGAUGCCCCCCAGCUUCUUCUGAGCCACCUCUCCCCGAUCAGUAUAAUACUGCAGACUUUGGAGCUCUUCCAGAGCUCGUCUGUAAAAACACCCAUAAGAAGACAAUGUUAUCAUUCUCGGAGCUGCAGCAGAAAAGGCCCCGCUUCCGAUAAUUAGAUAGUAGUUUUUAAGUUUGUGCAAUUUAUUUUGUAACUUUUGAACUUGUGGGGGUUGAUUUUGUGAAUUCUUUUUUUUGAUUUAUGGAUUUGAUAUCACAUUACUUUCAUUUUGAA